GGCUAUGACUGGCGACUCGGAGUUGUCGCCAUUGUGAGUUCUGCAGGCGGAGGCGGCUGGGCCGCCCGCAGCGGGGGGUGUCUGGGACGGGACUAGAGGAGACGCGACGCAGGCUCGGAGGCACUGAUGGAUUGUGAGAAGGGUAAGACAGUGGCUUCUUGGCUUGCCAGUACUGUAGUUGGAGAAACAACGCCAUCUUUUACCCCUCUGCUACACCUAAGCGUUUAGGAGGCAAUGGGAUUUAGAGAAGCUUCAGCCCCUCUCAUCAAACUUAGGACUGUCAUAAGAAAGUGAACACUCAGAAUGGAGUCUAAACCUUCAAGGAUUCCUCGAAGGAUAUCAGUUCAACCCUCCAGUUCCUCCUCUUUAAGUGCUAGAACAUUGUCUGGAAGCAGAGGAAGCAGUUUAACUGAUGCAUAUCAUACAAGAGAAUCUUCACUGAGACUGGAUUCUGGAUGUCAGGAAUCCAGUCUGUUGCAUAGUUCCAGUAGAGACUGGGGAAUUGGAGAAAGAGGAGAAGCUCAUGAAACUCCUUGGAAGCUUACUAGUUCCUCUCCAACUCACUACUCGGGGACACUUGAUCGUCCAUGGUCUGGAAGAUUUUUGGGAAGCAGAAGCAGAUUGUCUACAUCCUCCUCCUCUCCUCUUUCAUCUACUUGGUAUGGUGAAUCUGAGAGAACUCAGGGAGCAUACUCAAGACUACAUAACCAGCAGCGGGAUAGUGAUUCAAAGAGACCUAAGCUUUCCUAUACAUCUACCUCUUCUGUGAGAAGUAAUGGCUUAAAUGCAGUUUCAGAUUCCUCAUGGAGGUAUAAUCAAGUUCCUAGAUCUUCGUCAGUGGUACUCAGUUCUCUGGGAACUGAGCUAGUGAGAGAGAGGAGAGAGCUAGAAAGGAGAACAGAUCCAUCUGUUAGUAGUCUUGUGGAUUAUAGUCACAGGAGUGGUGACUUUACAUCUUCAGCAUAUCUUCAGGAUAGACCUGCCUCUUCAUAUGCACAGGGAGCAAGACCAAAAGAUAAUUCAUUGAGCACUUUGAGGCUGAAUACAUCCAUGAACCGCCAGUUGCCUUCUGAACAUGAUUCAUCUUUAUUCUCUGGAGUCUCUAGCAGGAGCUCUUCAAGAUCUAACUAUUCUACAAGGGAAAUGGAAUCUUCUCAAAGGAAUAUACAGCCAGAGUUUACCCACAUUGCCAUUAGAGAUGAAAUUCCCUCCACAAGCAGCACUGAAAGGGUUGCGUCUCAAAGGUCACUCAGUGAGCCUCCAGCAGAUACUGAAGGAAGGCGUACAACUAGACAAUUACUAUCUCGUUUAGCUUCUAGUAUGUCAUCUACAUUUUUCUCACGGAGGUCUAGCCAAGACUCAUUAAAUGCAAGAUCAUCAGAUUCUGAAGAUUCAUGUGUUGUCCCAAGAGUUCAAACUUCUACCCAAUCUAGCACUAAUGCAACUGCACGUCCUGAAGUUCCAGGCCUUCAGACACCUGAAGCUUCUCAGGGAUUUAGCUUUCUGAGACGAAGAUGGGGCUUAUCAGGUGUUUCACAGAAUCAUAGUUCUGAUUCAGAUGCUGAAAGUUACAGACAAGAGCCUGAAAGUAGAAAUACAGGAUCCUGGUUAUCGUCAUCUCUAAGAAAUAGAUGUACACCUCUGUUCUCCAGAAGAAGGCGAGAAGGAAGAGAUGAAUCUGCAAGAACCUCUACCUCUGAAACACCUGCUAGAUCACUACACCUCUUUAGGAGAAGAGAGUCUAGCGAAGAGACUCCUCUUGAAGCACAGAGCAGCUCCCCUAGGGCUGCUGCCAACAGACCACCAACACCAGCAGUAUCUAGCAGUCCUACAACUACUGCUUCCACACCAGAUUCAGCUCAUAGUAGAAGUAGUUCUGGAAUAUCAGGAAUUCUUCCCGGCUCUUUAUUCCGGUUUGCAGUGCCCCCAGCAUUAGGGAGCAGCAUAUCUGACAAUGUGAUGAUAACAGUAGAUAUUAUUCCCUCAGGUUGGAAUCAACCUGAUGGAGAAGAAAGUGACAAGUCUAAAAUAUUACCUUCAAGAGACCCUGAAAGACUCCAGAAAAUUAAAGAGAGCCUCCUGUCAGAGGACACUGAAGAGGAGGAAGGUGAUUUAUGUAGAAUUUGCCAGAUGUCAUCUGCAUCUUCUACCAACCUCCUAAUAGAGCCAUGCAAAUGUACUGGAAGUCUGCAAUAUGUUCAUCAGGAAUGCAUGAAAAAAUGGCUGCAGUCCAAGAUUAAUUCUGGUUCUUCUUUGGAAGCAGUAACUACUUGUGAGCUGUGUAAAGAGAAGUUGCAUCUUAAUCUUGAGGAUUUUGAUAUUCAUGAACUCUAUAGGGCACAUGCAAAUGAACAAGCAGACUAUGAAUUUAUCAGCUCUGGUCUCUACCUUGUAGUAUUGUUACACUUGUGUGAACAACGCUUUUCUGAUAUGCUGGGAACUGCAAGUGAGGCCAGCACACGUGUCAGGUUUAUUAACCUUGCAAGAACUCUUCAGGCACAUAUGGAAGAUAUUGAAACUUCAGAGGAUGAUUCCGAAGACAGUGAUGCUGGCAGAAGUUUUGACACUGCUUAAUGCUGCAAGAGCCAAACAGAAGUGAUGCAAAGAUGCUGAACUAGCAAGAAAGUACCAUCAAUAUGCAUUUAUUUUUUGCUCUCUUUAGUAGAAAGUGCAUUGAAUAUUACUAUAGUUUUUAAAGCAUUACUGAACUCAAUCUGUUGCUGCAUACCGGAACAUAAACAACGAAUUUGAAAACUAUUCAGCAAGGUGUGCAAGAGUUAGAUAUACAACGCUGUAUCCCCUUUGAGAUGGGAUCUUAUGCCUUGUUUUGAAAAAGUAGAUUUUAAAUAUUUAAGGAAGUCAUAUCUCCCUUUAUAUUAAUGUCUUACUGUAGUCAAUUAGAUUGCUGGAUUGGUCUAUCAAGUUUUUCUCCUAUACUGGUAAUUGUGUGUUUUGGGGUGGCGGGACCCAUGUACUUAUAGCAUAAAUUUUCCUUUUAAAAAUGCUUAUGUUGUAGUUUCUUAUAAUCACUUGCUUCCAGUGUUCACAUAGGAUGAAUGGGUACUGUAAAACUACAGUGUUCAGUUUCCAAAUUUUAUUUGAAGAGUGUUAAACUCAAUAGCAAUAAGAACUUGCAAGGGGCUUCUACUAUUAAAGUGUUAAUGAUGGCUUUUUUAUGUACUGAUUUGGAAAUUUGAGAUUAUAUUUGAUAUUAUGUGGAUAUUCCAUUAAGGAAAUAUUGCAGCUGUAAACUCUUGCAUUUUGGCAUUCCUGGCAGAAAUGCAACUUGAUAGGAUUUAAAAUCUUAAUUGACCUGUUUAGUUUAAAAACCUUUUUUAGAUCCCACAUUCACUGUUAAAGCACUGGUUAUAUCAAUGUGUUUUCUAGUGUUGUCACUUCUUUAUAAAUAAAGAUGAUGCAUAGAA